UAGACUAGGCCUAGUAGUUCUAAUAUUCCAUUUUCCCAAACAAAACCCAAACCCGCCUUCCCCAAAUUUCUCACCUCCCCCUCCAAACAUUACUUUUCCCCGCCUCCUCCUUCGCCACCCCAAACUCCGGAGAUCGAGGAGAAAGAAUUUUCGCCGGCGACCGGAUCUUAUUUCCGGCGGUGGUGGCGUCCAUUUCUCAACUCCCGAUCUCUUCUUUCCUCAAUUCAUCUUCACCGUUUGAUCACAAUUUUCCGGCGAUCGUUGGAAAAUAUUUUUUCGAGGAGAUAUUAGGGUUUUUCUUUUUCAUUUUUUGUGUGAUUUAUUUGAUCACAUCCUAGAAUUAAAUUCUGAAAAAUCAGAGAAAUAGUCGAAGAAGUUCUUCAUCUAUGUGACAAGGUGAUAGUAAUGGGAUUACACUCAAUAAUAUGUAUCCGAAUCCAAUGCUAUUGCCCGGAAUAAUUCGGCCUCUAGUGAAAAUGGAAGGGUUCUGCUUUGUCUUUUUGUGGAGGAGCAAAGUUUUAAUGGAGAAUUUCUUGAACUACUUUGUUUGAAACAUGGAAAGGUAUCCCUAAAAGAAGUAAGAAGUUGUCACUCAUCACUAUAUUAGAAAUGAGAAAUUUAACGGCGAAGAGAUUGACCGAUGCGGAGGUUAAACCAUUUAAACCAGCUAUGUUGGAUACUUUUCACGAGGUUGCUAUUUACCUACACAGAUUUCACAAUCUUGAUCUUUUCCAGCAAGGAUGGUACCAAAUCAAGAUUUCUGUGAAGUGGGAGGAUGGGGACGGCACCUAUGUUGGAAUCCCCUCAAGAGUUGUACAGUAUGAAGCUCCUGGCAUGGGUUCUGAUGAUAGUUAUGGAGUUUGGAGAAUUGAUGAUGCUGAUAAUAGUUUCUCAACUCAGCCUUUUAAGAUUAGAUAUGCGAGACAAGAUGUUCCUCUCUCCGUCAUGAUUGCUUUUAACCUCUCGCUUUCAAACCGUGAGGUUCCCGCCAAAUCUGGUGCUAUUAUCAAAUUCGAACUUAUCUAUUCUCCUUUACUGGAGAAAGGGUCAGAGUUGCAGGCUUCCUUAAGCACCUCUGCUGCUGCUGUCCAUGAAUUCAGAAUCCCUCCUAAAGCUCUUUUGGGACUGCAUUCCUAUUGUCCUGUACUUUUUGAUGCCUUCCAUUCUGUGCUUGUAGAUGUUAGUAUACAUAUCAGUCUCUUGAAAACGGUCGCACAAAGUAACCAAAAGAAGGUACCCAGAGCCUCUUUUAAUAUUGAGAAUACUGACGGAAAAUUUCCUGACAAAUCAACUAAAGAUUUGGGCAAAGUGGUAAAAGAGGUGCUGCUUGUCAAAUCAUUGUUAACUGCACGUGACAUUCUUCUGGAAGAGGCACAAAAACUUGGCAAAGCAACUGAUCAGAGCAUUGAUUUCACAGAAUUUAUUGCUCAAAUGGAUGAUACAAAGUUGUUCGAUUCUUUAUCGCAAGCAGAUGUGUCUUCAACUGCUUCUGAUGCUAAAAAACUAGAGGUGGCCAACUCCCAAAGGAGUAGCGAGAAGGCAGGCCUUUUUCUUGAUUUUCGAAGUAAUGGGGCUCUCCAAUCCCUGUCUAGGGACAGUCUACUCUAUAUUGCUCAUACAAUUGGAAACCAAAUUCAUCACUUGUGGAAUACUUUCCUAAAUUUCCACAGGGCUAACAAAACCAAGGUAACGGAAUAUUUGCGGGAGUCAUGGGCCAAUGACAGGAGAACUGAGUGGUCAAUAUGGAUGGUGCAUUCGAAGGUUGAGAUGCCACACCAUUUUAUUAGUAGCAGAAGUGAUGAUAUUUCAAGUCACCAUGGACUACGUGGAAAAGUCGCAGUAUUACGGAAACUUGGUGUCGAUCCUGCUCAAACUGCAGCUACACGUGCUGAGCUUCAUCGUCGAAGUAUUGCACAAAUGAGAAUCAAUAGUCGUUCAAUUCAAGACUUGCACAUGUUUGGAGAUCCUUCAAGCGUGCCUGUGGUAAUCGUAGAACGUGUUAUCAAUGCACCAAGGCGUUCUUCUAGCAGCAACUCAUACCUUGAGGGGACUCCAUUAACCCGGAUUUCUGAUCAAAUUGUGAGCAAUAUAUCGAAGGAAGAUCAACAAAAGAAUGGUCGUUCAUUGAAAAUUGUUGUGUUUGUGCAUGGAUUUCAGGGACAUCAUUUAGAUUUGCGACUUGUUCGUAAUCAGUGGCUUUUAAUAGACCCGAAGAUAGAGUUUCUUAUGUCUGAAGCAAAUGAAGAUAAAACAUCCGGAGAUUUCAGAGAAAUGGGAAACAGGCUAGCAAAGGAGGUUGCCUGUUUCGUUAAUAAGAAAAAGGACAAAGUCGCAAGAACUGGAGUCUGUUCAAGAAUCAAACUUAGUUUUGUCGGACAUUCAAUUGGAAAUGUCAUCAUAAGAGCGGCAUUGGCUGAUAGUAAAAUGAAGAGCUGCCUCAAAUAUUUGCACACCUAUGUCUCUGUAUCUGGGCCGCAUUUAGGAUAUCUGUACAGUUCAAACUCACUAUUUAAUUCUGGACUGUGGCUCUUAAAGAAACUCAAAAGCACACAAUGUAUCCAUCAGCUUACUUUAACCGAUGAUCCAGAUCUCCAGAACACCUUCUUCUUCGAGCUAUGCCAGCAAAAAACGUUGGAGCACUUUAAGAAUAUCAUCCUACUAUCUUCACCACAGGAUGGGUACGUACCAUAUCAUUCUGCAAGAAUUGAACUAUGCCCUGCAUCUUCAUCCGACUUCUCCAAAAGGGGACAAGUUUUUGUAGAGAUGUUGAACAAUUGCUUGGAUCAGAUACGUUCUCCCUCCAUGGAGCACCGGGUUUUUAUGCGAUGUGAUGUCAAUUUCAACAUGUCUUCUCAUGGCAAAAACCUAAACACUUUUAUAGGACGAGCUGCUCAUAUCGAGUUCUUGGAGACCGAUAUCUUUGCAAAGCUCAUAAUGUGGUCAUUUCCAGAUUUUUUCCAGUAAAAGGUAGCCUUGUCAUUAAAGACGUUUUAUCAUGAAAGUAUACAUUUGCUGAAUUGGUCGGGGGUUCAUGCCACUCCUUGUCAUCGAGGGUCAGAAUUCCAAAGUUUUGCAAGUUGCGGACAUGGGUUGAGAAGCUUGAAAUGCUUCCUUCCAUCAGGAGAAUGAAUCCGAAGAAAUGUAUACCGUGCUAGGUAAGCUAGGUUCUGUAUUUGUACUUGCAAUUUCAUCAGGUUUUUGUUAGGAGUAUAGGCAGGAGAUCCCUUGAAACUUAGGAAUAUAGAGGAUUACUCAUUGUACAGUAGAUAUAUAACAUAAAUAGUUUAGUUCCAUAGGUUGCUGCUUUUAUUUUCCCGUUUUUCCCGGUGUUUUUUUGUGUGUAGCAAUGCAAGUGCUGUUGUUAGCUGUUGCCUUUUGUAUCUAAGCUACCAUACUGUUGUUUUCAUAGCGCAGUAAGAUGUUUUGCAAGGCUUGUAGUGCAGCUUUUUUUCUUCUGAAAAUGUAUGCCCUUCAUUUUUUAUAGUGCAGUCUUUUAUUUCUUUCAAGGUA